CAGUAGAGGAGCAGAAUGCCGGCGCCACUACUCGGGGAUGUAUUUCCUAAUUUUGAAGCCGAUACCACCAUCGGUAAAAUCAAACUCCAUGAUUACCUAGAAGACUCGUGGGGCAUCCUAUUCUCUCACCCACGAGACUACACUCCGGUUUGCACCACUGAGCUGGGUCGAGCAGCCGAGUUAAACCCAGAGUUUGCUAAACGUAACGUGAAAAUGAUCGGUCUGUCCAUCGACAGCCUUGAGGCGCACCAUGGCUGGAGCACGGACAUUCUGGCGUAUAAUAAUGAUGACAAUGUUUCCAAGUUCCCCUUUCCCAUUAUAGCUGAUGAGAAACGAGAGCUGGCGGUGAGUCUGGGCAUGCUCGACCCUAAUGAAAAGGAUCAGACUGGUAUGCCACUUACUGCCCGAUGUGUGUUUGUGAUCGGUCCUGACAAGAAGUUAAAGCUCUCACUCCUCUAUCCUGCCACGACUGGGCGAAAUUUUUAUGAGAUUCUACGAGUGAUCGAUUCCUUGCAGUUAACGGCACAAAAACGGGUAGCCACGCCUGUAGACUGGAAGCCUGGGGAUCGAGUUAUGGUCCCACCUAACAUUCCUGAGGAAGAAGCCAAGACAAUAUUCCCUGAUGGAGUAUACACAAAAGAGCUUCCAUCUGGGAAGAAGUAUCUGCGCUACACACCACAGCCGUGACCCCUGGUGACAUGCUGACCAGCACUAAAAUCAAUGGGAUGUAAGCUACAGUAAUCAUAACUCAUGAACAUCCAAAUCACACAAGAUCCUUUUAGUUAGCAGUGAGGUAUUUUAUGGAUCUUGACAUUUUCAUUGGGGUGCUAUUAUGCUUUGGCUCACAAUACAGUCAGUACAUCCUAACCAUGGUUGUUUUAAAUCCCAACCUACCAAAGUAAAUAAAAACCCAAACUCAUAUUGUUGCUGCUCCACAGAUUAAUCAAACCAGGACCUUACUAAUUACUGACCAUAAAUCUGACCCUAAUA